AUGAGCGCGCUAGAGGCCGAGAAAGAUGGCGGCUCGCGCUCAUCUGAUGACUUCGAGCACAUGAAGGACCAAAUCAUCUCGGAUAUGGAGAUGGCAUUUGGUUCGGAGGCCCAUGAAGGUCCCGAUUCGAAGCUUAAGGCCAAGGUUGUACUGAGACUUCUACAAACACUCGGCAACAAAGAUUUGAAGCAAGAGGAUCUGCUCGAUAUGCUUCGCCAUCCCAGCUACCAAAAGUCACCUGCCGUCGCUUCACCCUACUUGGAUGAUGCUCCCGACAGUGCAGAGCGCAAGGAGAUAUUGACUUGGCUCAAGACGACCAAGUUUGCUUAUCGUCAUAACGGGCCAUUGGAGUUGCUCAACCCAACGAUUUUCACGCCUUUGGUGUGGUCGGCAUUCGCAAUCGCUCCUAUGGAACAACUCAGAGAAUUCCGCCUACACGAGACCAGUUCUAUCCCUGCCAUGAUGGGGUUUCUCCAAGGUUGCCUGCCUGCUCUCAUGAACAUUUUCCUCGCUAGAAACCCAAAGACGGGAAGGAAGAAGGAUUUGGACAGGGACAACUACGAGAACAUUGGAAACAAGAGCAGACGCCUCCAGGGCUACAGAAAACUUGCAUCCGAGAGGGACAAGAACGCUUGCGUCUUGACCUCUGCGCCAUUCCCUAGAGUGUGCCACAUCAUCCCAUACAGCGCGCAGAUGUACAUGCAACAGGUGGAGACGGCACUCAACUCGCUCGCAUUCAUUUGGGGAUCUCAAGUCGAGAAUCCCAUCGAUCUCCUCGAUCACGAAGGCUACGAACAUCCUCGCAACAUGAUCUCCCUGAGCUGUGAGUUUCACAGACUCUGGAGCAGAGCGAUGGUGGCUUUGGAGCCAGUCGAGGUUGCCAGAGACGGGACCUGGAUCAUCGUGCAGGUGCGCUGGAUGCACGGCUCAAAGCUCGACCGCCGCCGCCUCGAUAAGACGUCGCGUGAGGUCAAGCAGGUUGAUAUCGACAUGGACGUCAAGGAUAUCCUCCAGCCUCUCGCCAAUGAGCACAACGUGCCUAUCCGGAUCAUCGACCUCGAGACUCAGAGAUACAUCAAAGACGGGCACAAGUUCAAGAUCAAGUCAGAAGACCCCGCGUUUCUCCCUAGCGAGGACCUCCUUCGCCUGCAAUACAACUUAUGCCGGAUGGCAGCAUUGACCGGUGCGGCCUGUCGCGAUGAUGACCUGGAUUUCGACACGGACCUCGCGAGCGAGCAGCCCCCAAGUGUGGAGGCUUGGAUUGAAGCAGUCGAGAAUGCCAAGAAAUCGGGCGAAAUGUUGGAUGAAGAAUAG